AUGCAACGUUGUGCCGUCCAGCAGCAAACAAUGAGCACAAGAGGGCGAGAUGCGGUGGAAGAGGACAACCAAGGCGAGCAUGUGGACAACUCUCGGGAGGGAGCCAACACUCUGAGAAAGUCUGGGCGGAAGAGGCGCAAGAGGGUGCGCAUUGGGGAAGAAGAGUCUCAAUCCGGUGAAGACGCACCAGAGCGUGAUUCGGGCGAUGGAGGAGAGACCACCGCGCGGGACUCUUCGACCUGGCAUGAUGAUACAACCGGGCUGGGAGCUUCAACUGAUGAAGCUCAUGGUUUAGAAAACGAUGACGAGGGACCGGACGGCCCAAGCGACUCUGAGGACGAAGAUGCUCGCGACGUGGAGGAUGAUGAGGAGGCUAUGAACGAGGAUGGUGACGAGGAAGAUUCUGACGAGGAUGCUAACGAUGAGUAUGGGGAGGAGGUUGAUGACGAGGAACAGGAGGAGGAUGAACAGGAGGAGGAAGAUGAGGAGAAGGAAGUUGAGGAGGAAGAUGAGGAGGAACAGGAGGAGGAACAUGAGGAGGAUGAUGAGGAGGAGCAGGAGGAGGAACAGGAGGAGGAACACAAGGAGGAACAUGAGGAGGAACAUGAGGAGGAAUGGGAGGAGGAACAGGAGAAUCAGGGAGAACGGGAGGAGGAACAGCAGGAGAGAGGCGAGCAUGAGACUGAGGCAGAACAUGGUAACAACGAUGCCGAGUGCGACAUGGAUCCCAACAGCCGUGAAGAGGAGGCUGUGGCUGAGGAAAGGGCCAGACAAAUGGGGCGGAUGUUACCAAUUUCAAUGCUCGGCGACAAGGUCGUAAUGGCGGAUGGACAAAAGUUGACGACGCACUCUGGAAAGGGUCCUGAGCAACCGAAAAAGAAAGAGAGGAAGCAUGCUGCUCGCUGUGAAAAGAAGGGGGGAGGUGCUGCGGCGGUUCAAGAGUUGGAUAAGGGUGCAUUUCGAGAGGGGGGAGUGGUGAAAAAGUCGGGGGGGGGGGGUGUGUUGGCCUGGUUGGAUGACCCUAAUGUGUCUGUGUUCUGCAAGGACAAGGAGGGAGGGGGGAUGGGCGGAGUCAAGGCAGAGGGGAUGGGAGGAGUGAAGGCAGAGGUGAUGGGCGGAGUUAAGGCGGACGGGGUGGGCAGAUGCAAGGCUGGGGGAAUGAGCGGAGGCAAGGCAGAGGGAAUGGGCGGAGGCAAGGGCGGGGAAAUGGGCGGAGGCAGGGCAGGGGGGAUGAGCACAAGCCAGGCAGGGGGGAUGGGAGGUAGCAAGGCAGGGAGAACGGGCGGAAACAAGGCAGGUGGGAGGGGCGGAGGCAAGGCAGGGGGGGUGGGAGGUGGCUAUGCAGGGGGAAUGGGCGGAGAUAAGGCAGGGGGAAGGGGCGGGGGCAAGGCAUGGGGAACGGGAGGUCCUGAGGCAAAGGGACCGGGAGGAGGCAAGGCAGGGGGAACCGGAGGAGCCAAAGGAGGGGGGGCGGGAGGAAGCAAGGCAGGGGGAACGGGAGGAGGCAAGGCAGGAGGGACCCGAGGAGGCAAGGCAGGAGGGACGGGAGGAGGCAAGGCAGGAGGGACGGGAGGAGGCAAGGCAGGAGGGACGGGAGGAGGCAAGGCAGGAGGGACGGGAGGCGGCAAGGCAGGAGAGACGGGAGGAGGCAAGGCAGGAGGGACGCGAGGCGGCAACGCAAGGGGGACGGGUGGAGGCAAGGCCGGUGGGACGGGAGGAGGCAAGGCAGGGGGGACGGGAGCGAAUUCCUCAAAAGGGAAAGAAAAGGUUGACGAGGCUGGUGAUUCGGGGAAGAGCUUAACACCUAAGCAACAAGCUGAAGGGAGUGCCAAGGCUAAGGGAACAUCAGGUAUGGUAGAAGGGCGGUGGGUGGGAGGUUUGGGGUUUGAGGAUUCAGGGGGAUGGGUGGAAACUGGGGGAGGGUUUAAGGGUGAUUGUUGUGGAAGGGGGGUUGGAAGUGGUAGGGUUUAG